AUGGAUAUCCGUCUCCUUCGCUCCAGCGAUAUUCCGCUGAUCCAGCAUGCCAACCUCGAGAACUUGCCCGAGAACUAUUUCAUGAAGUACUACCUCUACCAUGCCCUGUCAUGGCCUCAGCUCUCCUUUGUCGCCGUCGAUGUAUCGCGGCCCAAGAAGACACCCUACGACUACCCCAAGAUCGUUGGUUACGUAUUGGCAAAGAUGGAAGAGGACCCCGUCGAUGGAAUUCAACAUGGCCACAUCACUAGCUUGUCUGUAAUGCGAACACAUAGGCGACUGGGUAUUGCCGAAAAGCUGAUGAGACAGAGCCAGCUGGCCAUGGUAGAGACCUUUGGCGCACACUACGUCUCCCUGCACGUCCGCGUCUCCAACAAGGCCGCCAUUCACCUGUAUAGCAAGACGCUCGGCUUUGACCGCGAAAAGACCGAGGCCAAGUACUACGCCGACGGCGAGGACGCCUACUGCAUGAAGCUCGACCUGAGCACCAUUCGCGAGCAGAUUCGCGACCAGCGCGAGCUCGAGUACCCCGACGACGAGGGCGAGCCCGUCGGUGACGUUGGCAAGGCUGGCGAGGAAAAGGACUUGGCCCUUCGCGGCAAGGAUGGCGAGGGCAAGGAGGCCAAGCGCAAGGUCAAGGUCGGCCGCGCCCUCGGCGUCUCUGCCCUGGUUGAAAAGGAUGAGAGCAGCAAGGCGUAG